GUUUUCCCCGUCUUCAUGUUGAGUGCUCUCGCUCCGCGGCGCUCAGUUCGUCUGCUCUCUUUUAGGGCGUACCUUCGACAACGUAGAGGUGGUUUUUGUUGUUUCAUCCCAACUCUUUCUGAUAUUUGGAUCGUGUCAGCGCAGGAGCGGCGACAGCGGCAGAGGCUAAGCUAAGCUAGGCUAGGCCUGAAUCUCCCAUCUCAAAUACUUAUGGACUUUGCAAAACAAACCUAACAGUCUCCAGGAUCGCGUGUGAAUGGAGCAGUGUGCGAGUACGGCCUCCCUGCUGGCCUCGGUGCGGGAGCAGGAGAGGCAGUUUGAGAUGCUGAGCCGAGCUCUGGAGGAGGAGCGGAGGUCGUGUGCUGGCACCUUGCCCCGCCCCCUCCCCAACAUGCAGAACGGCCGCAUUCCUUGUGAUGCAGACAUAGAAAGGCUGACAUUGAACGAGGGUUACAUCAACGGGACACAUCACUUCAGGAUGGAGCCUGGUCAGGUGGUGCAGGAGACAUUCACGGUGGAGGAACAACCCCAGGAGAUGCCACCUAUUGUGUCUGUGGAGACCAGUGAAGAUGGGACAACAAAGCGUACAGAAACCACAGUAAAGAAAGUAGUAAAGACUACCACCACCCGCACAGUCAUCCCUUCUGUGUCAGACACACUGUCAGUGGAUGGUGGAGGCUCUGUGACAGGUGGAUACACUACACCCGCGGACCGAGUCUACAGGCAGGGCCCUGGAGUUCCUGUGCCAAUGGACUACCCCACUCAAACUGUGCCCCGAAACUACCACUACGGACCUCCAGUGGGACCUUAUGACGACUACCGCACUGGACCUCCAUCUGAGGUCUAUACAAGCCUCAACAGGGGAGCUCACAUGGAUGAUCGCUACAGACCGGUUCAUCCAGAUGGGUAUAGGACUCUAGAUCCCAACUACAGAGCCCCCAGUAGGAACCAGUUGGACCCCUAUGCUGCUCAGCCACAGGUUGGGCCUAUGGGAAGUGGUAUGGAGCUUUCCUCCAUUCCAAGGUUUGUUCCAGAGCCAUACGGUCUGGAGGAUGACCAACGCAGCAUGGGCUAUGAUGAGCCCGACUAUGGCAUGGGACCUCCAAUGCAUUACAGCACUGUGCCCCGCAACCCCCAUGCUUACCCUCGUGCACCGCCUCGCAGGACUGGGAGCUAUGAGGGCCUCUUGGAUGGCGACAUGAGCGGUGCAGGAGAUUACUACUGGGGUGGUGGUGCGCCGCUGGCUCAGGGUGAAAGAGGGAGCAUGGCUUCAUUGGACAGCACUCUAAGGAAAGGCCCAGGCCCCGGUGGCUGGCGUCAGCCAGAGUUGCCUGAGGUCAUCGCCAUGCUCAACUACAGGCUGGACCCCGUCAGGAGCAAUGCAGCUGCUUAUCUGCAGCAUCUCACCUAUAAGAAUGAUAAGGUGAAGUCCGAUGUGCGUCGUCUGAAAGGCAUUCCAGCACUGGUUUCUAUGCUCGACAACCCACACAGAGAGGUUCACUACGCAGCCUGCGGCGCACUAAAGAACAUCUCAUAUGGCAAAGAUCAAGACAAUAAGAUUGCCAUCAAGAACUGUGAUGGCGUCCCGGCUCUGAUCAGGCUGCUGAGGAAGACUCAUGACCAGGAUCUGACGGAUGUUAUCACAGGAACGCUGUGGAACUUAUCGUCUCACGAUUCUGUGAAAAUGGAGAUCGUGGACCAUGCAUUGCACGCCCUCUCCGACGAGGUGAUGGUUCCCCAUUCAGGCUGGGAGCGAGGGAGCAACGGAGCAGGUGGUGGGGAGGAAAACUGCAAGCCCAGACAUCUUGAAUGGGAGACGGCCCUCACCAACACAGCAGGCUGCCUGAGAAAUGUGAGUUCAGAGCGAAGUGAGGCGAGGAGGAAGCUCAGGGAGUGCACGGGAUUGGUCGACUCGCUCAUGUACAUUGUCAAGUCCCAAAUUGACUGUAAAGAUGUGGACAAUAAGUUGACAGAGAACUGUGUGUGUCUGCUGAGGAACCUGUCCUACCAAGUGCACCGUGAAAUCCCCAACCCUGAGCGCUACCUGGAGGCCACACCAAACCACCAAGGCCCCGCCUACUCCAGCAAUAAGGGCAGUUGCUUCGGUUCCCGCAAGAGCAAAGAUGAGUGGUUUUCCAAAGGAAGGAAAGAUGAGGAUACAGCUGAUGAUACAAUAGACAUUCCAAAAAGGAACUCACCUGCUCAAGGCUAUGAGCUGUUGUAUCAGCCGGAGGUGGUUCGCAUCUACAUGUCUCUGGUAAAGGAGUCCCAAAACCCCACAGUGUUGGAAGCUUCAGCUGGAGCUAUUCAGAACCUGUGCGCUGGACACUGGAAUUAUGGCAGAUGCAUCCGUGGCUUGGUGCGCAGGGAGAAAGGUUUAUCCAUGAUGACGGAGCAGCUGGCUCAUAACAACGACCGCGUAGUCCGAGCCAUGUCCGGAGCCCUUCGCAACCUGGCCAUUGAUGGACGAAACAAAGAGCUACUAGGUAAACAUGCGGUGCCUAACUUGGUAAAUAACCUGCCUGGUGCUGGUCAGAGUCAGCCAGUGCGAGCAGUGUCAGAAGAGACGGUGGUGUCUAUACUGAGCACGCUCCAUGAGGUGCUGGGCUCCAGUCUGGAAGCAGCCAAGACCCUCAGGGCUGCGAAUGGCAUCGAGAGACUGGUGCUCAUCAACAAGGAUGGUAAUCGUUCCGAUCGGGAGGUGCGUGGAGCCGGCCUAGUGCUGCAGACAGUUUGGGGCUACAAGGAGCUGCGGCGCACUUUGGAAAAGGAUGGCUGGAAGAAGACAGACUUCAUGGUCAACUUAAACCCUCCCACCAACAAACCCAACGGAUAUGAGGAAAGCACUCUGCCGCUUAUAGACAAAGGUGGCAAAAGUGACCGGGACAUGAUUCCAUUGAAUGACAUGGGACCAGAUGCCUACUCCACACUGGACCAGACGGGGAGAAGGAACACUCUGGAUAACACACUCGGACCUACUGACAAAGAUUUUGAUCAGGGAGGGAUGUAUGGGGAGAGGCAGGCCUCCUUGCCUCUAAUGGAUUCUUACGAUGGUUAGGCUACACCCACUGUGUCACACUGCAUGUCACCGCAUGAAAAACUGAUAGUGUGCAUAACAAGACGACAGCCUCCUCCCACUUACUGCCCUUGCUGAACUGACAAUGGGGGACUACCGCUACACUACCGACAUGACUAAACUUCAUCCCUUACACUCACUCUCUUGCAGCUUCUCUUCCUCCCUCUGUCUCUCUGUUACAUUCCUCCAUUGCAGUUUAAACACUCGAAUGAAACCAUAUGGAAAACUGACGAUGCUCUGCAUUCCCUGUGGACAGCCGGAUGUGACACUACGACCACUUGACUCCAAAACCACUCCAUCAGCACUACAGCUUGCUUGGACAACACUAAUGCUCUCUUUCUUUGAGACUGUGGCUUCUUUGGUAUUUUCUCGGAGGUCAGAGCAAAGACUAAUUAAACUAAUUAAAAAGGAACUGUUGGAAUCAUAUCAGGACACUUUAUGGUGAGAUUUUCCAUAAAUGGCUAACACACUCUGUUUUGAAGAAAUCGAGGGAAUGUGUCAUUGGUUUUCUCUCUCUCUCUCUCUCUUUCCUUAAUGGUCACACACUACAAAAUAUGAGUAAUUUCCUACCGGUGGGAUCUUGUAUUUAUCUGUCUAAUUAGAUAUGUGUACAGCUUCUGCUUCUGUUUUGGUAGCGGUUGUUCCUCUACUCGCUUCGCUGUGUACUUUUCGUUACGUACGCGUGCCAAAUGACACUGCUACUGCUGUGACUGCCACUGCUAACGCGCAACAACAUGGCACACUCAGACUUUUCUCCAGCAGCUACACUGAAAACUUGUCAUCCGCUUUGUUCUGUUGGCAUCUUGUGUUGGUGACAGCCCAAACGUGCGCGGGCGUGCUGCUUUUUUCUGCAUUUGGUUGUGACGAUCCACAACUGUACAAGGUUAGUUAUACAGCCAGGAAUAAAGCAGACGAAUGAUUCUCCUCCUCCUUGUUGGAACAGACGGCAGAGUCUAUUUCUAAAGUGAUCUUUCUGUUAAAUGCAUCCCCCUUUUUCUUGGUAAUUCUUAGUGGAUAUCUCAAGGAUCCGGCGGGUGCAUUUCCUUUUAUCUGCAGGUCCAUAAUCUUAUGAAUGUGUACAUAUGCAAGAUUGUCUUUAAUCGUGGGCUAACUGGAGUGCCUCGCUUAUUCAGGAUGGGUCUCAUGGGUGUGUCCAGCGUGACCUGGGUAACUGGUCAAGUUGUUUUUUUGUUUUUUCACAGCAGCAUACAAUUUGGGAGUACUGUAUGUAGAACUCAGAAGUUUUUAUUCUGCGAGAAUAUGUGAUCUUGUAUGUUAUUGGAUAUUUCUUUAAAAAAAAUUAAACUCUUGAGUUCUGUAUAACUUACUGCUUCACAAAUCCAUAACCUGCCUGGCUUUAAGACUACAGAUCGACACAGUGCUGUCUGUUUUUUGCCCACAUUUCUUUAGUACGGUGUUUGUUCUGAAGAGGAAUGCUUAUUCUUAGUGCCGAGUGAGAUGUAGAUACUUGCUGCGUGGAUGAUUAAAAGAAGCACUACGGGGUUGUAAUGUGUGAUUUUUCUUUUCUUUUUUAACCUCCUUUUUUCAUGCCAGUUGAAAUAUGACAGCCUCCUUUUCUCAAAUUAACAAGUUGUCUUCUAGAUUGGGCUGACUGACUGAAAGAUGAAAAUGAUAGCGAGCGAGGGCUAGUGUUAGAAAAGGAGGCAUAGACCAGAAUCUGCUAUUAGAUAAAAUCAAGAAAAAAGUAAAAGCACAUUUAAACUAUAUAUACAAGAGAAUAUUUGUUAAUUUUAAUGGUUUUAUGUAUUAUUAUUUUUUAUAUAUAUAUUGAUUUGGGUUUAAUUGUUUUGGGUGCUCUGGGUGAAUGCAUAUGCAAUCUUUUUUUUUUUUCUUUUUGGUUUGAUUGAAAACAGUUUGUCUUAAUUGAAAGCAAAACCAAGUUAGCUGAAUAGAAAUCCUCCGACACCAUCAUCAGAUACACUAAUGGGAAGGAAAAAACCAGAUUGUUGACUAAUGUAAUCUCUUUGCCUUGGCUCUUAAAGUUGCACAUUCUCAUUUAUGAAUGAAUUAUGUAACUAGCAAUAAUGUUUUUAAUAAAAAAGAAAAUUAUU